GUGAUUGGUAUAAAAUCCGUGUAAUUUUUUAGUUGCUUUCCACAACUUCCUUUAUCGAAUUGUUGAAAAAGCAUUGAAACUUUAUAAAAUGAAUCAAUAUUUUCUCAUUGUGUGAAUUACACACUAAUUGAUUACAUAGAAUAAAAUAACCUGGGUUCCAAUUUCAUAUUACAAGAAUGGCACCAAAGAAAAACGUUAAUAAAACUCCAACCUUGGAGAAAAAAGCACUAGAGAAAAAAACUCCAAAACCAAGAAUGAAGAAGGAGAAAGCAAAACUUAGAAUUCCGAGUGUAAUUAAGUUGAAAAUACCAGCCACAACAUUAAACAAAACCGUUAAAAAAGAAUCUGCUAAAAAUAUUGCCCCGAAGAAUAAGGCGGCGGCAAAAUUAUCAACGACAAAAUUCUCGAAAAAGCAAUUGGAUACACUGGCAAAGUUGGAACUGGCAAAUGAAGUAGCAAGAGCGCAGUUGCUUAAUAUACCUGUGGCAGUGGACAAAGUAACAUCACCACCAACCACUGCAACGAAAAAAUCUGAAAAGGGAAAGAAAAGAGGAUGUGCCAAAAAAACUCCGCAAAUUGAAAAGCCAACUGCUAUAGAUACUACAGUGUCAUGCCCUUCUGAUUCGGAAGAAGCAAGAGCGCAGUUGCUUAAUAUACCUGUGGUGGUGGACGAAGUAUCCACAACACCAACAACUGCAUCGAAAAAAUCUGAAAAGGGAAAGAAAAGAGGAUGUUCCAAAAAAGCUCCACAAAUUGAAAAGACAAUUGCUACGGAUACUACAGUGUCGUGCCUUACAGAUUCAGAAGAAGCUUUUGAUAUGGCACCUAAAAAGAAAAAAUAUGUCAGGAAAGUUCCUUAUGCACAAGUCAAGAAGAAACCCAUUGUUAAAAGAAAUAACAAAGUUACAGUAAAAACUACGAAUGAACUGCCAAAGAAGAAAAUGAAACAGACUAAAAUCACUGACCUAAAUACUGGUAUAGAGAGUUCUCUAAAAACUAGUGUAAAAUAUUCCAAUAAACCAGUUAAAAAGAAAACUACCACCGAAACUAAACCAAGGACGAGAAGACCGCUCAUUCGUAAAGGUAAGCCCGACGCAGAUACUACAUCAACAAGUGAUGUCCAAAAAUCGCCUUCACUACUAGAACAAUUAGAAAAUAAGUCGCCAAAAAUAGAAAAUGUUGUGUCAAAUGAAUCGCCCGUGAAAGAAAAUUUAGAAGCUUGCACCAUUGGCUCUCGUAAGACUUCGACAACCGGUGUCUCAGAAUGUCUCUCAUGGACCAAAGAUAUAUCAAGUUCAAGCACCGUCACUAGUCUUACUGCAUCUUCCAAUGACUUUGUACGUAUAGAUAAAAAAAUACCUAUUCUCAAACUCACUAACAUAGAUAAUCAAAUCAAAGUAGAAACUUUAAAUAAUCCGCAACCCUCAUCGGAUGCGGGUAGCUCUUCCUCAUCUUCUUCGGGUUCUAACAGUUCUGAAUCUACCCUGAACAGAGAUGCUCGCUCUUUAGAUUUAAGUACAUCGUCAGUAACGCCUACUAAAUCUCGAAAUUCAAAUGGAAACAGUGAAGCAAAUAACCAUAUUAAUUACAUUACUGCCUUAGAUAGGUUAACAGCAAAAUUAAAGACUUUUGAUCUAGAAAUUAUAAAUUGGAUCGGUUAUGAUGAAACAGACCUGAAUAUGGACAUUAAGAAAUUUCAAGAUAAUGUAUUUAGAAUUCUGAAAGAAGAAAGUCAGGUGAUUACUCAUUGUCAACGUCUGAAACAAGUUUUAUCAGAUAACAAUCAAGAAGAUAACGCAAAUGAUUUGAACAAUAGGGAACAAACAGCAGAAAAUACGGGUAACAGUGAUAUCGUAAUUCCGGUGAAUGCUAAUCGGAACAAUAUAUUAGGACAAGGUAUCCGUAAUGAUGAUUCAGUUGGAAAUAAUAAUAACCUUAUCGGUGAAUUGAAAUCUCCGUCAAAAGUAGUAAAUGAUAAUACGAACGGAAAUGGAAACAAUUUCACUUCUGAGAAAUAUAGGUACACGAAUUUCGAAAACAACUAUGACGACGAUGACGCGUUGUCUUUAUUUGCCGAAAGUAUUACUGGGAUAGAAUCAUCUAGAUUGAAUAGUUCCACUGCAUCUGUUAUGUCAAUAGCAAAUAAUAGCACUGGUCAUUUCGAAGAAUAUAUACCGCAGCCGUUGUCAAGGGAACAAUGGGAUUCGGUGAACAAAAUCAGCUACAUACCUUCUAAAAUUGUUAAUACAGACGUGCAAUCUCUGGAUAACAAAAAAACAAUAUGUGAAAAACAUAGAGCUGAUUCUACAUCAAUAACUAAAGAUGUAGAACUGGACAAAAAUGAAAUACCAUUAAACAUUGAAAACAAUCUGAACACCACUGAAAAAGUUUUUAAUCAACACGAUCAGUGUACGAUUAUUGAAAAGAAAAAAAUGCCUUGUUUAAUGUCGUCAUUAUUCAAAUCAUUACACGGUAUUAAGAGUAUAGUUUUCAGAGGGAUGUGUUUCUUCUAUCUAAUAUCUAGUUGCAAGAAUCCUAGGUGUCGGUUUCCACACGUGAAACCAGACUUAAAUGAAAUAUCAAGUAAAUUAGUGAGGCUUAGCGAGGAAGUAUUUAUACAAGAGUAUAUGUUGCUGCGUAACUGGCCAGACCUACGGCGAAAAUAUGGGAUGUGCUUCGUAGAAGAAUGUAAAAGAAGAGAGCUCACUAGGUUCCUUGUGGAGAUGGCGAUAGACUUUUAUAUGAAAGCGAACGAGAACUACAUCGAAGACUGUAAUCUCAGAGUGAUUGUCAUGGAAUGUACCCUCCUGUACCUGAAUACAGUGAAUUUGGCUACUUGCGAAGAUUUACUAUUAUUUAACGUACAGCAGGACUUACUCCUCUGUGACGUUUUCAUGAAAACUAUAGCAGAUACACAAAACUUUUCUAGGUUCAAACAAGUGUUUAUAAAUUUAACUAAUUUUAUUGUGCACCAUGACAAAACUUUCAAUUUAGAUGUCGGAACUCAAAUUCUGGAGCGGGUAUGUAUUUUGCCAUACGAACAAUCUUUGACGGAGGCGCUAAUAGAAAUGAUAAGUCACACCGAUCAAGUUAUAUUUGAUAACUCUAUGAUUGGAAUUUUCGAGAAGCAGCUAUCUUCAAAAAAUAAGGACUUGUAUGAAAAAUUCCUUGCGUGCAAGCAGGCUAAGUUAGAAAGACCGAUGUCAAAAAAUCCAGAAAUACCUCCGUGUAUAAACCCUGACGUUGAGCCUGUGAUUAACACCUCUUUGAUUCACACAGAAAGAGAGAAGAGGUAUACAUCGCCUGACACUACAAAUCUGGAUAACACGAAUAAAUCAACAGAUGAACCGAUCUUCACUCGAACUAUAGAUUUCAACAGAGUGCGAAAUAUCGGUGUUAAUAUACAAAGGAGUUUUAGCAAUUCAAAUUCGACAAUAUCUAAUGAUAGCACUGAGGAAUCGGGACCUCAGAUAACUCCAGUGCCGACGCCUAACUUCCAAACGUGGAAAGGGCAAACUGUCUUCAAUAAAUUCCGCAAUUACUCACGAGCAGCGCCUCCACAAGGGUCUUAUCAGAGACCGCCGCUUAUUAAACGCCGCAUACAUCAGCUGCCAAAUUUUGGACCGAGCCCAUCUGUAUGUAUACAAUGA